AGCGAAUCGAACCUGCCCAUCUUCCACAAAUAUCCUGACAAUAUGCCUCUACUGGCACCGAACUCCAGGAGCCGCGUCGUCGGCGACCUGGCCUGCCAGCGAGAUUCAUAUCUUCGAACCCUCGAUUCGGAGGUCACUUCCUGCAUUGAAUGGUCGCCACCCAAGACAAAUGGGUCCAAGAAUUCUUCCAAAAACGGAACUCCGGCUCCUGGGCCUGGAAAAUUAUAUUUGAUUGAAUUUAUGGACUCAGUGCUGUUCCCUGAAGGCGGUGGCCAACCCACGGAUCAUGGCACUAUAAUUCCUAUAUCCAGUCCAUCUGUGGAACCAAUCGCCGUGAAUUCUAUUCAGCGUCAAGGACUCCGAUGUGUUUAUCAAUCCCCGCAGCCCCUGGAUCCUGGCACUCGCGUCCGGCAAGAAAUUGACUUCCGCCGACGCUGGGAUCAUAUGCAACAGCAUACAGGCCAGCACUUACUCUCUGCUAUUAUGGACAAAUAUGAUAAUCUGGAGUCCGUUGGAUGGGGAAUGGGUGCAGAGGGCGACAUAAACUACAUCGACUUACCCCGAAAACCGACGGACGAAGAAAUGCAGACUAUCCAAGAGAAAUGCAAUGAAGCCAUUCGCAAUAAUCUGAGCAUUACAGUGGAGACUCCCGACGAUGCCAAAUCAGACAGUUUACCUGAAGAUUAUGACAAAGAAGGAGGCGUUGUUCGCAUCAUUAAGAUUGGAGAUAUCGACGCGAAUCCAUGUUGCGGAACGCAUCUCCAACAAACAUCACACAUUGGACUUAUUUUACUGCAUCAUACGCAAUCCAUCCGCGGUACAAAUUGUCGAAUGUACUUCAGCGCAGGAGACCGAGCAAUCAAGCUCGCCUCGUCAUCCAUCCGCUCGCUCCGCUCGAUUGGUGGAACACUCUCGUCCGGGAUGGGAACCGAAGAGGUUCUCGGUGCCGCGAAGAAGAUGAGUGACAAUCUUACCGAAUCGAGGAGGAAGGAAGCGAAACUGCUACUGGAAAUUGCAAAAUAUGAAGCAGAACGGGUGAAAGCUGAUUUGAAGAGUGGAAAGAAAGCUUGGGUUUACCGUUCCUCCGGGAAUUUGGACUAUAUAAACUCAAUCUGCUUUGAAGUGAAGGAUGUUUUGAAGGAUGGAGGAUUGAUUGUUUUGGCUACGGGGGAGAAAAAGACGAGUGGUCAGGUCGUGAUUGUGGGCGAGAAGAGGGCCGUUGAGGAGUUUGUGGAGAAGAUGAAGGGAGUUGUGAGUGGGGUUAAAGGCGGUGGGAAGGGGGAGAGGUGGCAGGGUAAAGUAAUUGAGUGGCAGAAGGGCGAGAUUGAAGUAUUGAAGAAUUUGGUGGAGUCGUAGGUCGAAUUGCUGACUUCGGUAUCGUUUAUCAUAGAAAUAGAAAUAUGUCAACCUUGAAAUAUUCAACAGGCUUCCUCCCGA